AUGGCCGACCAAGUUACAGAGACUGCCCUCGCGGUUGAGGACGGUGCGCAGCAACAGAAGAGAGGUGGACGUAGAGGCGGAAGGGGAGGUGGUGGUCGAGGAGGAGGCGGAGGGGGCCAGCCGAGAGAGGUGUUGGUUUCCAAGGCGCUUUCGAAGCUUUUGAGGCAUCAGGCUGAGAACGCGGGUCUCACGCUCGACGAGGGCGGGUAUGCGCCCCUGGACAAAGUGCUCGCAUACGGCCCCAUCAAGUCUCUCAAAGUCACCUUUUCCGACAUACAAGCCGCGGUAACGACGUCGGACAAGCAGCGCUUCGCACUCAAGCUCAAUGACGCGGCAGCGGCCGAGACAAACGAGGAACUAUCGACGGAACCCUCGGACUGGCUGAUCCGCGCGAACCAGGGCCACAGCAUCAAAGUCGAGUCAGCGGGCUUGCUGACCCCGCUCACGCUCGAGGCGGGCAACGUGCCGACGGUGGUGGUGCACGGGACGUACUUUGCGUUUUGGAAGCAGAUUGAGGCGUCGGGCGGGUUGAAGAGGAUGGGGAGGAACCACGUGCACUUUGCGACGGGGCUACCCGGCGACGAGAAGGGUGUCGUCAGCGGGAUGAGGAAGGAUGCCGAGGUGUUGGUGUAUGUUGAUGUCGAGAGGGCGUUGAGGGAAGACGAGGGGAUCAAGUGGUGGGUGAGUGAGAAUGGGGUCGUGUUGACGGAGGGGGAUGGGGAGGGGGUUGUGCCCUGCCGGUUGUUUAGAGAGGUCGUUGCGAGGGACGAGGGGAGCGGGGUUGGUGUGCUUUGGAAGGAUGGGGAGAAGGUUGGGGAGUUGCCUGAGGGGUUGAGGAUGAGGGCGCCGCCUGGGAAGGGGAGAGGCGGGAGGGGUGGUGGUGGCAGAAGGGGAGGGAAGGCUUGA